AUGAAAGCCAACGAUCAAUCGAUAAGUCUGAAUAAAUUCAUCAGUAGUACUGGUAGGUGCUCUCGCAGAGAGGCAGACCGUCUCAUCCUGGCCGGCCGAGUCACACUCAAUGGAAAACCUACCAAGCCUGGCAAUCGGGUUCGACGUGGUGACAUGGUUGAAGUAGAUGGAGAAGUGAUCGGUUCUCAAGAUGCACCCGAAACACUCUACCUCGCAUUUAAUAAACCCGUCGGAAUUGUCUGCACGACCGAUCAGGGUGAGUCGAAGAAUAUCAUCAAAUUCAUCGGUCACCAUGAGCGUCUUUUUCCAAUCGGCCGCCUUGACAAAGAUUCAGAAGGUUUGAUUUUUCUCACCAAUGACGGUGACAUCGUCAAUAAAAUAUUGCGAGCUGGCAAUGCCCACGAGAAGGAAUAUAUGGUGACGGUCACUCCAAAAAUCACGCCCAAAUUUAUCAAAGACAUGAGCAGCGGCGUGCCUAUUUUGGGGACAAAAACGAAGAGGUGUCAGGUGGAGAAAAUUGAUGAUCAUACCUUCCGCAUCAUUUUAGUCCAGGGCCUCAACCGGCAAAUAAGGCGCAUGUGUGAAUAUUUUGGCCAUCAGGUUGUGCGUCUGAAGCGCACUAGAAUCAUGCACGUAAAAUUAGGAAAAAUGAAAAUCGGACAGUGGCGCAAUCUCACCAAGGUCGAGAUGGCAGCCAUGCGCGAUGCCGUGCAGUCUUCUCGUAAGACAAAAUGA